GCCCGGCGGGUUCGGGAGGACAAGGCACCGAGGGUCGGGCUCAGGGAACCAGGUGUGCGCGGCCAAGCUGAGUAGGGGCGCGCCCCAGUCGCCCCUCCCCAACCCUGUCAUCUCUCUUCAGACCUGAGGCCCGAGCCCUCCCCUGUCGCCCGCCCCGGCCCGGCCCCGCCCCGGCCCUGCCGCCGGGACCGGGAGCCGGGACGCCGGUGCUGCAGCCGGAGGCAGGUAAGAGGGCCUGGAGUCUCCAUCCUCGGCCCGCGGCAGCGCUAAGCAUCUCGGCUCCGCACCGGCCCGGGGGCGCCUCAAGGCCGGCGGCGGCGUGAUGGCGGAGAAGGCGCUGGAGGCCGUGGGCUGUGGACUAGGACCUGGGGCUGUAGCCAUGGCCGUGGCGCUGGAGGAUGGGGCGGAGCCCCCUAUGCUGACCACACACCUGAAGAAGGUGGAGAACCACAUCACCGAAGCCCAGCGCUUCUCCCACCUACCCAAGCGCUCAGCCGUGGACAUCGAGUUUGUGGAGCUGUCCUAUUCCGUGAGGGAGGGACCCUGCUGGCGCAAACGGGGUUAUAAGACUCUCCUUAAGUGCCUAUCAGGUAAAUUCUGCCGCCGGGAGCUGAUUGGCAUCAUGGGCCCCUCAGGGGCUGGCAAGUCCACGUUCAUGAACAUCUUGGCAGGAUACAGGGAGUCUGGAAUGAAGGGGCAGAUCCUGGUCAAUGGGAGGCCGAGGGAACUGAGGACCUUCCGAAAGAUGUCCUGUUACAUCAUGCAGGACGACAUGCUGCUGCCACACCUCACAGUGUUGGAAGCCAUGAUGGUCUCUGCUAACCUGAAGCUAAGUGAGAAGCAGGAGGUGAAGAAGGAGCUGGUGACAGAGAUCCUGACAGCACUGGGCCUGAUGUCCUGCUCCCACACGAGGACAGCCCUGCUCUCCGGAGGGCAGAGGAAGCGCCUGGCCAUCGCCCUGGAGCUGGUCAACAACCCACCUGUCAUGUUCUUUGACGAGCCCACCAGUGGUCUGGACAGCGCUUCCUGUUUCCAAGUGGUGUCCCUCAUGAAGUCCCUGGCCCAGGGGGGCCGUACUAUCAUCUGCACCAUCCACCAGCCCAGUGCCAAGCUCUUUGAGAUGUUUGACAAGCUCUACAUCCUGAGCCAGGGUCAGUGCAUCUUCAAGGGCGUGGUCACCAACCUGAUCCCUUAUCUGAAGGGGCUCGGCCUGCACUGCCCCACCUACCACAACCCAGCUGACUUCAUCAUCGAGGUGGCCUCUGGCGAGUACGGAGACCUGAAUCCCCUGCUGUUCAGGGCUGUGCAGAAUGGGCUCUGUGCCAUGGCAGAGAAGAAGAGCAGCCCUGAGAAGAAUGAGGUCCCUGCCCCCUGUCCCCCUUGCCCUCCGGAAGUGGAUCCCAUUGAAAGCCACACAUUUGCCACCAGCACCCUCACACAGUUCUGCAUCCUCUUCAAGAGGACCUUCAUGUCCAUCCUCAGGGACACGGUCCUGACCCACCUGCGGUUUGUGUCCCAUGUGGUGAUCGGCGUGCUCAUUGGUCUCCUCUACCUGCACAUCGGUGACGAUGCCAGCAAGGUCUUCAACAACACGGGCUGCCUCUUCUUCUCCAUGCUCUUCCUCAUGUUUGCUGCCCUGAUGCCAACUGUGCUCACCUUCCCCUUAGAGAUGGCCGUCUUCAUGAGGGAGCAUCUUAACUACUGGUACAGCCUCAAAGCGUAUUACCUGGCCAAGACCAUGGCCGAUGUGCCCUUCCAGGUGGUGUGCCCGGUGGUGUACUGCAGCAUUGUGUACUGGAUGACAGGCCAGCCAGCUGAGACCAGCCGCUUCCUGCUCUUCUCAGCCCUGGCCACUGCCACGGCCUUGGUGGCCCAGUCUCUGGGGCUGCUGAUCGGAGCUGCCUCCAACUCCCUACAGGUGGCCACAUUUGUGGGCCCAGUUACCGCCAUCCCUGUCCUCUUGUUCUCCGGUUUCUUUGUCAGCUUCAAAACCAUCCCCACCUACCUGCAGUGGAGCUCCUACCUCUCCUAUGUCAGGUAUGGCUUUGAGGGGGUGAUUCUGACCAUCUAUGGCAUGGAGCGAGGAGACCUGACCUGCUUGGAGGAACGCUGCCCUUUCCAGGAACCACAGAGCAUUCUCCGAGCGCUGGAUGUAGAGGACGCCAAGCUCUACAUGGACUUCCUGGUCUUGGGCAUCUUCUUUCUGGCCCUGCGGCUGCUGGCAUACCUUGUGCUCCGUUACCGGGUCAAGUCAGAGAGAUAGAGCUUUGCCCUGGCCUGCACCCCAGCCCCUGCAGCAGGAAGCCCCCGGCCCCGGCCCUUUGGGACUGUUUUAACCUCGUAGACUUGGGCCCCGGCUGCUGGUGCAGCCGCCCUCCCCUCUCUCAGCUCCUCCACAGGCUGGCUGUCGGACUGUGCUCCCAGCCGUGGCCCUGGGGCUGGGGGCGCCAGGCCUCCCCGCCACGCCCAGGAGUCUUCCCGAAUUGAUGUGGUCUGUAGGUCUGUAGCUUCCUCCCUCCUCUUUCCAACAUCUGCAUGCAAAGACCACGGGAGGCUGCCACCUGCCUUCUGCCCCUGCACCCCCGCUCCUCUGUUGUCUGUCUGGGAGCCCCAGGCUCUCCAGGCCCCCACUGACAACUGACCAAAGCGGCCCCCCCGGGGGUCCCCACAACACAAGUGUUUGUAAACUGGGCUGUUAUAAGGUUAGUGUUCCAGGGCUGGGCCCUGGUGGGGUCCCCUGGAUGUCCCAUUUGGACGUUGGAAUGGAGCAGGGAUGGACUCUGGAAGUCUCUUCCACCUCCUCACCUCUCCCUGCCCCUAGACCCUGGCUGAUUUGGACAAUCUGUUGGGACAGAAGCUGGGUUUUCUGUCUGGAUCAUCCCUCCCAAUCCUGGGGAUUGGAGAGGCCUGGCGCCAUGGGCUGUCCCCUGGACUUCUCCCCGUCACCUCUGGUGGGGGCCGGGCCUAUGGCACCUCUGCAAUAAUGUCUGUGUUUCUCUCCCAUCCGCCACUGGAACUGGAGAAUGCACUUUAUUCUGGGGGGUGAGUGGGAGAAGACCCAAGCCUCCUUUCUUGCUGCUCGCGUGGUCCCGCAAUGCUCCCUCACCUCUCCUGAGUUACAGGCACAAAUAUGCGAACAGGCAAUCUCGGCCCUACACACACUCGCUGUCCCGCUGUGGCUCACAGGAAGAGUGAUGGUGGUGGUGAUGGUGGGUGCUGUGGGAAGGGCCGUGUCACCCUCCUCCCGGGGACCCCGCUUUGAUUCUAAGGAUGAGGCUGGUGCUGCCCUGGGCGUCUCCAGGAUCCGCAGGUGUCUACCCCCCAGUCUUCCCUCCCUCCCUCCGUCCCAAGCCAGGGGUGGCACAGGGCACCAGCUCCCUGGAGUUCAGGACCCCACACAAGCACAAGCAUGAGCAUAAGAUGAAUUGGCCACUGCCACCCCAUGGCUCUUCUUUUGUGUGUCAAGCUGGCAAUCUCACUCCCCCUCUCCUUCCAUGGCCACUUGCUGCUCAUUCAAACUCUCGUCCACGUCUCUCCACCUGCUUUCUAUCAGCCAAGGUGGGCCCUGGGCACCAGAGCAGCAUGCCCACGGCACCAGAGCGACAGACACACCUAGAACAUGUCUGGCUUUCCUGGGGGUGCGGGUCCAGGCUCAUUCUACUUCUGAUUUCCCCUUCCCCUAGGGCUCUUGUCCCCCCUUCGUCCUGUACACACACCUCUCUACAUUCUUUACCCUGCCACGGAUUCUCCCCGUCACACAGAGAUGCCGGUUGUAUUUGUGGGAGUUCACCCAUUAUUAAUAAAACUUAUAUUUA